AUGAGUUCCCCACCAUCAAGGAAGCUCUCGGCACCUCAUACAGUGCGUACAGCUGCAGAGCCCAGACAGAACAGACUGUUCCCAGUCCGGCUGUCGCACAUCGAGCAGGCUACUCCUACGGUCCGCCUCCUGCAGCUCACUAUAUCUCCAAGUGAUCAAGACCAAGUUGAGGAAGCUGGGGAAGAUGAUGCAACGCCACCAGAGCCUUUUACGUUCUUCCCAGGGCAGUGGCUCGAUGUCCAUAUCCCUUCGAUCCCAGAUGCGGGGGGAUUUAGUAUCACAUCAACACCUGCAGAUGCCCAGGCUCUUCUCUCACUGGAACCUUCACCUGAGCUUGCACCAGCAGACGAAGAGGUACCUCUUCCCAUUGAUCCACGGGGUCGCGAGCCCUUUGUAGAGCUAGCUGUUCAGCACGCCCCCUCUAACCCAGCCAGUGCCUGGCUCUGGAGAUCCAAGGAAGAGAUCCUUGGUCAGGAGCUGAGCAUACGGGUUGGCGGGAGCUUUGUAUGGCCGCCAGCGGGAAUAAAGCUGGAAGAACUCCGCAAUGCUGUCUUUGUUGCUGGAGGGGUCGGCAUCAAUCCUCUCAUCUCCAUGCUCUCUCACCUAAACAACAAUGAUGAGAGCACUGGCCUCUACCACCCAUCCUUGAACAUCCACGUUCUCUACUCUUCCAAGCUCCCGGAGUCAGAGUCGACAAACCCAGAAUCGGCCUUAGACCAGAUCCUGUUUCUCCGGCGUCUUCGUGAGAUUAUCCGCGCUCAAUCUCAGUGCCAGCGCCUGCGUAUCAAUUUGGAUCUGUUCCUCAGCAACUUAAACCAGUCCUCUCCACUUCUGCGUCAGCCUCCGAAGGAUGUGGCAAUUCAAUCACGACGCAUCAAUCGCGAUGACCUUGCUAGAAGUGUCACUGGUACGGAUACCAAAUUCGCCCCGAACGAAACGGUAUGCUACGUCUGUGGUCCGCCUCAGAUGACGGAUGAGAUCGUCGAGACCGCUACGGGACUCCUAAACGGACAAAAAGACCACGUCUUUUUCGAGAAAUGGUGGUAG